CCUGCGUUUCGUUGUAAGAGGGUUUUACCAUUACCUCUCAACAAGAACAACCACUGAUAGCAUUUUUUUCCUUUUUUUUCGCUCUGAGGUGAGCUAAAAUUCAUCAUUUUCGCACAACAGUUCGUGUGAAUUUGAUUCCGUAAAGACACGACAGCAAAGCUUUCAGCAAGCAGAAGAGACAAUAUACUUUUUUUCGGGACAGAAUAGCUAGCAAGGGGAAGUCAAUAACUCGAAAUCUGGGCAGUGCAGGCAGUAUCAGGACGUCAGGAUAAGAACUUCGUAAAAACCUCUUCGGUAUCGCAUUUUUUCUUGCGAUGCCAACCGCUUUUUAGAAAAUCCAAUGUGGUUUCUGCAGACGCGCUACUUUAGAAACCGAGAGGACGAACCAAAGCAGGCGACGCAGACGAACAGGUCUUCCACCACCCCGAAUAAGGCGACACUCGGAUCCUCGAGCCGACAGAACAGCGGCACCAACCUGCAUCGCGGGUCGCAGAGCAGCCAGAAAAUCAACACGCUGAGCAAGAGCCCGCGUCGCAACCGCCAAGCAAACAGUCCGGCCCGGGUCGUGAGCACCACGACAACUACAACCCGGUUACCCUCCACCUCUCCCUCGGUUUCGCCCUCCGGAAGGAGGAAGCGCCGUGCGCACGUCGAAUCCACUCCGACGCUGAACGUAUCAAAUGCAAAAAUGUCUGGGUCUGGAGGAGUGCGGACAUUUGUGAUGCAGUUUUUGCCUAGCCCGGAUUGUCUAGUUUGCAAGCCCUAGCAUUACAGAUCCCGAGUAGGUAAUCUCGAUGCCUAAUCCGCAUGACAAAUGCUCUUUUUCUGUAACAGGAAGCGGGACCUUUUGCUGACCAUGCAACAUGGCAGAUUUUGUCAUGAUGUAGAAUUUGCAUCACAAAUUCGAAUCCAUCCAGACCCAGGCAUAUUUGCAAUGCAUAGAACGCCAGUGGAAGCAAAAUGAACGCGACGCAGUCGUUGAUUCAGAAGUGGGGCGCGCCCAGCCUCUCCCGCAACGCCAGUGCGUCGCACCAGAACAAGCGCACGAUCAGUGGCGACACGACCAAAGCGCCGUCUUCGAAGGAGUCGCUGCAAUCUCUGCCGUCGAAAAACAACGAAGUCGUGGUGCAGCAGGGAGGACAUCAACAACCGCAGCAGAAUGAGCAGCAGAUGCAGACUCCGUCGAAGAACUUUGUGCAGCUCGGACCGCAGCAAACGAUGUACGCCGCGGGUAACACCCCCUCGGGCUUGUUCAACGUGGACCGGUCCAGUCGUGUGCUCCUGUCCGAUAGCCCUAGCAAACUGUACACGGGUCACACGAACGGCAGCGCACCGACGCCGGAGCACCAUCAGCACGGUGGGGCUGCUUCUGCAGCCGCAGCGAUGGUGGAGCAUGAGGUAAGUACUUCCACUUACUAACAGAAUGGGUGUUUGUGAACACAGCUUCUUCCUCCAUUUUUUUCCUUGGCGAAUCAAGCGAUAGACUUGUGGGUACAAAUAAAUUCUUGAGCUCUACCAUGUAUCCUAGCCCCUCGUUUGUUUCUCCUUUUUGCGCGAGUGAAGCAUGUCGCAAAAUUCAUGCGUGACAAAUCAACGAUUUACUGUUCCAAAGUAAAAAAUUAGGAACACGAAAUCCCGGAUCUUGGUACGGCCCGGUUCGACAUUCGCAAUUUCCUGGGUUCUGGUGGUGAAGGCGUCGUCUACGAAGCGUUUGAUCGCGUGAACAAUGAGUUGUGCGCUCUCAAGGUCGGCAACCGCACAGCGCAGAAGAACAAGGGUUUCGAGAAGGAGUACGCGAUCUACAGUCACUGCGUGAAGCACCGUGUGUCCGCCAUCCCGCGUCUGUUCGACACCAGAAUUGCUGCGCUGCACGGCUCGCACUCAGAGCAGGAUCCCAAGCCGGACUACCUGGCACUCGAGCUGUUCGGACCCAGCAUUCGCAUGAUGCUGCUAUCAAAUGCAAAAAUGUCUGGGUCUGGAAGAAUGCAGACUCGUCAUGCAUAUUUUGUAUGAUGAUUGAUGUCUCUAAUGCAUGAUCUAGCAACACAGAUUUUUAGGUAGCUUCCUAAUGCCUAUUCCGCAUGAGAAAUGCCCUCUCCGCGUAUACACAAACUGGAGUCCUGUUGCUGGUCAUGCAAUACAGAUUCUUUUGGAAUCCAAAGACAGCAUUACAAGUCGCAGAAUCGUCCAGACCCAGACAUUUUUGCAAUCCAUAGCUGCAGGCGGUCUGCAACAAGCGCGCACAGCAGAUCGAACAGGGAUUGAACGUAUGAAACAAACUCGAUCUGCUCGUUUCAUUACAUUUUUUAGCUCUGUUUUUUUGCAAGAAUUGAAUACUGUGAGAUUAAACUUACCCUUCGCUUUCGAUGUGAGAUUAAACUUACCUUUCUGUGUUCAAAAAUAAAAUGGCACGACACUAGGUCCCGAACCGUGGCAGUACCAUGGAGCUGCGUUCGAUCUACGUGAUCGCUAUGCAAUGUAAAUUUCCUGUACAUGUACAAAAUGCAUGACAAAUUUCGCUAACUUGCAGAGGCCAACUUGUCAUGCUGGACUAGGAUCGAAGGCAAGUUUUGUCAUGCAGAAACCGCGUUUGUACGUGCACAGGAAAUUUACUGUGGAUAAUCGCCGAGAAGAUGAUCGAAGUGUUGGAACAGUUGCACAAGGUGAAGGUUUAUCAAAUGCAAAAAUGUCUGGGUCUGGAAGGAUGUACUAACUUGUGAUGCGCAUUUCAGAACACACAAAAAUCUCUGAUGCAUAGGCAGCAAAAGCUGCUCACUUUCUGUCACCAAAAUGGGGGAUUGUCAUGCGGAUUCGGCAUUGCGGAAGCUUCUCGAAGCCUGUGAUGCUAGAGCUUCCAUGCCAGACCUUCUGUGUCAUGCAGAAACACCAUGAUUCUUCCAGACCCAGACAUUUUUACAUUUGAUAAGGUCCUCCACCACGACGUGAAGCCGCAGAACGUCGUCUUUCGCGAUCGUAAUCGCACCUUGGAAACGGACGUGGUCACCAAUUCUGAUCAACUGGCGCUGAUCGACCUGGGUAUGAGCUACUUCGUCGCCGAAAAUACCAAGCCCAAGAGGCACUGCCGGUUCUGUGGCAGCAUGGAUUACAGUUCCAGGGCGUCUAGGUAGGAUUUUUGUUGAGAUCAUGUUGGUCGGUUGAGAAGUUCUCUUCGCCUGGUUGGCUGUUUGUCAGCACAAGGUUCUCAUUCAUAAAGGUGCAAAACUUGAAGAAGGUUUCACCAUUUCAUUAUCAGGUACCGUUGCCAGCCAUCCCGUCGCGAUGACUUGGAAUCUUUGUCCUACCUGCUUUUGUGGUUGGUGAUGGGUAACCGUAGUUUCAAGGCCUGGAGGUCCGCGGUUCUGGAACCCUACUGGGAGAUGCUGUCUGUGCUGUUUGAGGACAAGGUAAUAUUUGACUCCUCCUUUUUCAGAGUGUGUUGGUGCGUAUAAUUGUGAGUGCACGUAGCGAAUAAUUUAUCUGCCUACUUAUUCGUCUGAUGAAUGUAGCAAGGUCCCGCCGACAUGAUUCUUAUCGAGUUAGUUUUAGUGAAGAAAAAUUUCGUACUACUUCUCUCCAGGUCGACAUUGCGGAGAUUCUUGCCAACCCGUCCCGUAACGCGACCCCGUAUGCCGCUGCGCUGCAGCGCACCAACGACGAAACCAAGGUUUUUAUCCGCCGGUCUGCCGUGCAGAACUCCAAGAAGCCGGACAAAAAGUGCGAUUUGGGCUUGUUCCAAACCACCAUGACUACGCGCCCGGACGAUCUCAUCGAGGGGAAUUUGCCGAAGCUGAAUCGUGAAAAGGUAUGAUAAAGUCGCUGAAUGAGAAUGUGAACAUGGUUCGUGAACAUGGUUCGAGGCUGUAUCGCUUCUGACUGUUGAAUGCGGGGGGACGAUUUUAGAAGGUAGAAGUUGACAACAUUCCUGAGCAUGGGGGUGACUAAUAUCGCUCCCCGAAAAUAUACGUUAAAAAAAAUCCAGGUCCCAGAAAAGCUGCUGUACUUUGUGCUGUACUGCCAGACCUUGGAAUUUGCGGAGAUUCCGAACUACACCGGGUUGAAGGCCAUGUUCCACCGAUCCUCCCACUCCGAAGGCCAGGAACUGACCAUCGCGCAGUCCAACGCGGAGGAGAUCCCGCUGUUCGUCAUGAACCGCAUGCACACCCACUGCAUGGUCAAGGACCAUUUCUCUGCCGCUGCGCACGCGAGUCAGGUAUACUUGUUUUUUCCUUCUUAGAUGGGGCACGAUCACGAAUGUAAAUGUUAAAGCUGAUCUACUGUUGUAAAAAUUUGAUGCAAACUACAUUUCAUUUGUUUUUGUCGAUACCAAUCGGCAAAAAAAAAACGCAAUACAGCCUACCGCGAACUCCUCUAACUCCUGGCAUUCAAUGCGUCAGCCCAGCGGUGAUGUGAGUCGUGAUGAGUCCUGUGGUAUGGCCCCGCCCGCGAUGGUUUCCCGCGAGAACCCUUUUUCCCUCGCGAAACCCAGCUACCACGGCACAACGGCCGCUUCUCAGCAGCAGGCUAGCAACAUUGGAACCAACACCGGAAACAACACUGCCGGCGUUCCUAUGGAGGGCGUCGUGGCCACGCACGCGCAGCAGAACAAUGUGAUGAUCAACCAGUUUUUUCAGCAGCAAGGCAACGACCAGCAGAUGGGAAACACGGCUGCUGCCGCUUCCUCGUCGAACAACAACUUGUUCAGCAUGAACAUGCAGGGCGGGAACAAUUUCAUGGCGUCGAACGGUAGUGGUCAUCAACAUCAUCAGCAGUACCAGCAGCCGACGCACCUCAACAUGCUGAACUACAAUCAGCAAACCGCCAGCUCCUCGAGCUUCGCAGGAAACAACAACAUGCAGUUUCAGCAAGGAAAUAACAUCAGCCAGCAGCAGGCAACCCUCACUUCGCAGCAACAGGAAGUGAAUUUGCAAGAGUCGCUGCGCCGGCGCGCGGAGUUCGCCAGUGUCCGCAAUGGGCCGACGGGAAGGAAUCCCUACGUAAAGUUUGUCAGUCCCCACGACGACGAAACGUACACUCUGAAUGAUGAACAGCCGAGACGGAUGGGCGCGAACCCGAACGGAGCGAACGGUUCCGAGCAGUUCCAAGUCAAACAGCAGAACUUCAUCCUCGGCACCUCGCCCAUGGCCAAGAAACCCUUCCUGUCCACGCGUGGGGCGUGAGUUCAGUUCAGCAGUGGGAUUCUUCAGGAGGUCAACAUCUCGCUGGAAGGGAAAAACGAAUUCAAGACAAAGUUUGUUUGUAUGAUCGAUGUAGAAGUUUUGCAUCCUUCUUCUGUUUCGAUUUCAACUUUAGUGUGGUAUCAAUGCAAAUCGUUCCGUUUCUCUUUCUUUGAUCGUUAAGGGGAGGUUCAGUAAUGUUUCGUCCUGUACAUUUUUUAAGUCGCAGUUUCAAGAGGAAUCUUACUUGUAGUCACCCGAAAAAAUAAGUAGUCUCGUUGAUGUUCUUUACACGUGGGAAAAAAUAAACAGUUUUUAACUUUAUGCAUGGCGUGAAGGAGGUUCGGCCAGUUAGAGGAAAAUGCACAACUCUAUCCUGGACAAAGUUGGCGAAUCCGGAGAAAAGUUAUGGUGGGUUUAUUAUCAGACGUUCUUCUAUCAGACAGUCACAGUUUUUUACCUUUUUUUACAUUCUUCUAUUCACCGUGACGUAGCUCUAUUCGUAGAGAAGUCUCAUUAUUCGUUUAACUUUUACAGAUUUUGCACAGUUAUUUUCACAUAGAAUUGUAUAUGAGUCAGUAAUAUUCUUUUCGCAUAGGAGUUGAUUCUUUUUUUCACUUUAGAAAUUCUUUUCCCUGUACCUAUUUUGUCUUCUUUUCCUGUAGCUCUAUUGUUUGGGAUGGAGAUUUCAUGAUCACUACUCUAAAACCUGUACGCUUUUUAUUGUACACUUAGUCGUUGUUUCUUGUGAAUUUUUCAUCCGCUAUCCAAGUCAGCAUUCUAUUCACUGCCUAGGAGCAGUCGCGGUCGCACGAUGGGGCACCUGCAGCUUGGGGAAAAAUGCAAGUGAUUUUCGCUGUUCGAAGUUCGAGUAAGUACCACCAACAUGAUGCUGAUUCUCCUUGUCGUUCUCUUUUCCA